AUGGCUCCGGGAACUGCCUCCGCACCCACCGUCGAAUCAAAGUCGGCCAAGAAGAAGAGAGGCAAAAGUGAGGCACGGCCAACUUCAUCAUCUGGCACUGCUACACCCGCCGUAGAUGAAAACUCUCACACCUUGACAUCUGACCCAGCAACGAAUGGAGUGGACGGUGCGCAGGAUAGUCCAUACUUAAAGGAACUGAACAAGAGUAUCCGAAACAUCGCUAAGAAGCUUACUGCGUCCAGCAAAACCGAAUCUAUUGUCGCCGAAAAUCCCGGUGCGUCACUUGACGACCUAGUGGCGACGAAGAAGAUCAAUGCCGACCAAAAGGCGCAGAUCCUCAAGAGACCCGCCUUGCAGGCAGAUCUGGCAAGACUUCAAGAUCAAGUCAUUCAAUACCGAAAAUUUGGCAAAGACUACGAGGACCGAUUUGCAAAAGAGAAAUCUGCUCUGGAGGAGUCGCAUGCCGAAGCUCUCGCCAAAGCCAAACUCGAGGCGGCAGAUGAAGCCACAACUACACUCCUCAACAAGUUCGACGAGGAUCUGCUAGUGCUCAGCCAAUUCCUUCAUGCAGCUGCAGCCAAGCGGCAAGACGAUGAACUUGAUCCUGUUGAGAAAGCUGCCUUUGAAGGUGUCCUGUUGCUGGUCUAUCAAGGAAAUAACGCUGCUCUAGCUGCAUUCAAGGACAUUGCCGCAGGGUCAGACAAGAAGGUGUCCAACACUGAAGGCGAUCAAUUGGACUUCACAUAUGCACAAGUGAAGCAGACAUCCAUCAACGACGCGCCUUCAGCGGUCAUGGACGAGCCAGCGACAGCAUCUCCUGUAGAAGACACUGCCGCGCCCGACGCCGUAGCCGACGUGACCACAGACCCGACGAUUGCCAAUGCAGGAAUGACGGAGCUCCAAGACACCAUGACAUACCAGACUACCGACGAGCCGGCAGUGGCCGAUACGAUGGUGCCACCCGAGCAGUCAUCCAUAGCUGCCAAUGCAGCUAACGCUGUUGCUGAACGCAGCUGGGACCCUCAGGCAUCAAUGACGAGUGAUUCGCCUUCCGGAGAAGGUUGGGUCGAGGUGCCACGUGAUCCUGCCGAGACUGAGACCGGAGUCGCUGCCACGCCAGCUGCCAUGCACAAUUCAACCAGCUGGGCAGAAGAAGUCAAUGCAGAUGCGGCUGCAGACGAGAAGCCUACAAAAGAAAAUGAUGGUUUCGAACAGGUCAUACAUCAUCAAAAUCGCGGUCGAGGUCGUGGCCACUGGGGCGAGUUCAGAGGUCGAGGACGAGGAGGGGAUCAGCGAGGGCGAGGUAGGGGUGAUCGUGAUCGAGGCGAUGGAGACCGACGUGGUGGGGGCCGAGGUCGUGGCCGAGGUGGUGAAGGAGGGUUCCGUGGUGGCAAUCGAGGUGGACGUGGCCGUGAUGGAUCAGGUCCGAAGCCUGAUGAUAACGGCGGUGGAUUGUAG